AUGUCAUCACACGACACUCGGUCCCUUCGUCAAUCGAAGCGGAUGUCCGUUACCGCGCUCUACCUGUCGAUGUCCGCGAAGGACAGAGACCUUGAAAUCUCUGAUGACCUGGCUAGAGCGCAAAAAUUCCUACGUGAACUGAAAUCGAAGAUCUCCUCUCAAUCGAAAAAGAAUUUCGUACUGGAAAAGGAUGUUCGUUACUUGGAUUCGCGAAUCGCUUUGCUUAUUCAGAACCGUAUGGCUCUAGAAGAGCAAAAUGAAGUUGCCAAUCGCCUGGACGAUACCGUCGAUCCUCAAGAAGGAUUCUUCCCCAAUGACGAGAAAACACAAAAAUAUGGCAACCUUCUUUUCCUUCUCCAGACAGAACCGCGUCACAUUGCCCACCUGUGCCGACUGGUCUCCAUGUCCGAAAUCGAUUCCCUCCUCCAAACCGUCAUGUUCACCAUUUACGGAAAUCAGUACGAGAGUCGCGAGGAACACCUGCUACUCACCAUGUUUCAGUCCGUGCUCACCUACCAGUUUGACAAUACUCCCGAAUACUCCUCCCUUCUGCGACAAAACACUCCUGUUUCGCGGAUGAUGACCACAUACACCCGACGUGGGCCCGGUCAGAGUUAUUUGAAACAGGUCUUGGCAGAGCAGAUCAAUGCACUGAUUGAGUUGCGCGACGUCGAUCUGGAAAUCAACCCUUUGAAGGUUUAUGAGACUAUGGUGAGAGAUAUCGAAGAAGAAACGGGCUCGCUCCCGGAUCAUCUCCCUCGUGGCGUCACGGGAGAAGUUGCUGCGGAAAACCCACAGGUGCAGGCCAUUAUCGCGCCGCGCCUCAAGAAGCUGACCGAGAUCGCGAACUCCUUCCUUACCACCAUCAUCAAUUCGGUAAAUCAAGCACCUUACGGUAUACGUUGGAUUUGCAAACAAAUUCGAAGCCUGUCGCGCCGCAAGUACCCGGACGCUCACGAUCAAACCAUCUGUACCCUCAUCGGAGGCUUUUUCUUCCUGCGCUUCAUCAACCCGGCUAUCGUUACUCCCCGAUCGUACAUGCUAAUCGACGCCACACCGACGGACAAACCUCGUCGUACUUUGACUUUGAUUGCCAAGAUGCUCCAAAACCUAGCCAACAAGCCGUCAUAUGCAAAGGAACCAUAUAUGGCCAAACUGCAGCCUUUCAUUCAGCAGAACAAGGAACGUGUCAAUAAAUUUAUGCUUGAUCUUUGUGAAGUGCAGGAUUUCUAUGAGAGCUUGGAGAUGGACAAUUAUGUUGCCUUGUCUAAACGAGACCUCGAGCUACAGAUAACACUUAACGAGAUGUAUGCUACACACGCUUUGCUGGAAAAACACAACGCGGCCUUGGCCCAAGACCAGCAUUCCCACCUCCAGGAGAUCUUGCAGGAACUGGGCCCGGCUCCUCCACAGCUACCACGGAAAGAAAACCGAACUAUCACGGUUCCGCUGUUCAGCCGAUGGGAAACAGCAUUGGAUGACUUGACUUCUGCGCUGGACAUAACGCAGGAGGAAGUUUUCUUUAUGGAAGCCAAGUCUACCUUUGUUCAAAUUCUGCGUUCUCUCCCCCCUCACUCGUCCGUGGCUCGUCGUCCCCUUCGUCUGGAUCGCAUUGCUGAAGCCGCCGCGACUUUGAAGAAUGACGCGGUCAUGGUUCGCAAGGGUAUUCGCACUAUGGAGCUCCUGAGCCAGUUGCAGGAGAUGGGAGUCAUUGAUCGGUCGGAUGAGUUCAGCCUCCUCCGCGACGAGGUCGAACAGGAACUCGUCCACUUGGGUUCGUUGAAGGAGAAAGUUAUGGAGGAGACUAGGCAGUUGGAGUCGGUGUACGCCACCAUUCGUGAUCACAACGCGUAUCUUGUGGGCCAGUUGGAAACGUACAAGUCUUACCUGCAGAACGUGCGCAGCCAGUCUGAAGGCAAGUCAAGGAAAACGCAGAAGCAGCAAGAAUUGGGCCCCUACAAAUUUACCCAUCAGCAACUCGAGAAGGAGGGGGUGAUUCACAAGAGCAACGUCCCUGAGAACCGGCGCGCAAACAUUUACUUCAUGUUCAAGAGUCCCUUACCUGGGACUUUUGUUAUCAGUCUGCACUAUAAAGGUCGUGCCCGUGGCCUUUUGGAGUUGGAUCUCAAGCUCGAUGAUUUGCUCGAGAUGCAGAAGGACAAUCUAGAAGACCUUGAUCUGGAAUAUGUUCAGUUCAAUGUUUCCAAGGUGCUCACGCUCCUGAACAAACGCUUCUCUCGCAAGAAGGGCUGGUAA